UGACCAAUUCUAGCAAACUGGCCCUCCACUCUCUGCAUAUUUAGCCAAUCCUGUCUUCUACGUUUAAUGAACCACAGAGAUCUCCAUUUGUAAUUCUGGCUUCUAAAGUGAUUUAGAUUUUUCUGACCAAAAAAGAAAGUGAUUUAGAUUUCGCAAUGUGCUCAUUGUGCUGUACUGAUUUUGCUGCUAUACUGUUCAAUUUUUUCUUCGAGAGGAGAUCAAGAGAGAUCAACGGAGGGGAGGCAAAUGACGAUGCAGCUGCAAACGAUGAAACAGCAAGAGGCGCUUCUUCUACUCACACUUCAAUAGAAGAUCAAGGAAUGGCUACUUCAUCAGGAUAUGACUAUGAAGUAUUCUUGAGUUUUAGAGGACCAGAUACUCGAUCAUCUUUUUCCGACUUCCUUUACACUAGUCUUAAAGAUGCGGGAAUCCGCGCAUUUAAGGACGACGAAGAUCUCCGCAAGGGGGAAGAGUUUGACCCAGAACUUCUCCAAGCAAUUAAUCAGUCGAAGAUCUCAAUACCUAUCUUUUCCAAAGGUUAUGCCUCUAGCGUAUGGUGUCUCAAGGAGCUAGUCCAGAUGGUCAAGUGCCAAAAAACUAGAAGACAAAAGAUCAUGCCCAUUUUUUAUGAUGUGGCCCCUUCAGAGGUUCGAUACCAAACUGGGGGUUAUGGAGAGGCCUUUCUUUUACAUGAAAACAAGAAGUCACAUGGAAACAAGAAGCGAUAUGACGAAGAGACAAUGGGUGGGUGGAAGGCUGCUCUUAGUGCAGUUGGGAAAUUAGAUGGAUGGGACCUGCACAGCAUGCCCAACAGGUGA